AUGCAUAUUAACCAAACGGUUAUUACUUUGGCUAUUUCUAAAAGAGAUGCCGAAUCAGAUGCAGAGUAUGAGAAAGCAAUGCAAGAAAUAGAUGAUCGGAAAUCUACGUGUAAAGGUUUAGAGUACGCUGGCCAUGUCACGGGUCUCGUAACGGACCUAAUAGGCGAUAUCCCCGAAAUUCCUCUAGUCACUGAUGUCCUAAAAAUAGCAACUUCCGGCAUAGCCGCGGUCGCUCACGUUGCCGAAUUCGGAAUGAACAUAGCUGCGACAGCCUUGGAGUGUGAUGACGUGAAUUUCGAUGAAAUUAAAUUGAUCAUGGAGAAAAGAUUUAAUGAAGUUGAUAGGAAACUCGACAAGCUAACUCAGGCAAUGGAAAAAGUUACCGAAAUCGUAACUAAAACUUUAGAUGCUGUUGAAAAAACUCGAACAGAAAUGAAUUGGGGAUUUAAACAGGUACUGGCCACCUUAAAAAAUAUGGAAAUACAGUCAAUUCUCAGUAGAAUCAAUAAGUUUUCUCGAUAUUUCGAAAGAAAGAGCAACGAAUUAAGCAAACUCCCCGCGGAUGAGUUCGUUUUUCAACUAAAAGAAGAAAAUGGAAUUCUAGAUUAUUUAAAUAAAGCCCAAAUGCCAGAAGGUUUGCAUUCUGAUUUGUUUGAACUCAUGGAUAAAAGUACUAAAUUUUCGAUUCCUGAAAACACUGAGGAUACCAAAGCUUUCCAAGCUCUAUACGCUCUAUUUUAUGGGACACAAACAUAUGCAUCUGUAAUGUUCUUCCUCUUGAAGCAACAUUCUUAUCUAGCUGAUUAUUAUUAUCAAAGUGGCGAAGACGUAAACUUCAAUGAGCAAUUCGAUCAUUUAAAGAAAGUCUUUCAUGGUUUUAAGACAGCACUCACUGGAAGCAAUGGUUUAAUUAAUGAAGUGAUAAAAACAUUGGAAGACGUCAAAGAACUAGAGUUCAUCAAAAAUGUUAAAAAUGAUUUAUAUGCAGACAUUUGUAUGAGAGAAGAUUCAUUAAAAGAUGUCAAAACUGUGAUCACAGAAAUGGAAAUAGAUGUCAUUGUUGAUGUUCCGCAACACAUCGAUAACAUCAACUUUAAAGAACCUAUUGUUGUUUCUAACUAUGGAGAUUGGGAUGAUAAAUCUAAGGUAAGGUACGCAGUGCAACUGAGGGAAAAUGGAACGUACUCUAAAUUUAGUGAAUGGACGGAACCAUUAAAAAUAGAAGGUAAAGCAAACCCAGUUCUCCAAGUGCCCAGAGAUGAAAAUAGAAGAGAGAGGCUCGUUUUUCGAAAAUUCAAUGAAGAGAAACCACAAUUAGUUGGCAUUUUGACAAAAUCUCAGGUGGAGUUUCGAGAUAUUAAUCGAGAUCUUUACAAUGCUGCAAGAAGUAAGGACCAGAAUAGGACAUUAGAGUAUAUUCCUACACUUCUGGAGGCCGGAGCUAACGUCCAUGCUACUUUUGAAAUGAGAAGAACUGUCAUGCACGCUGCAGCUGAAAGUGGAAAUGUUAAAAUUGCUUUGAGAUACCUUUUAGAAGAAGUACCUGUAGACUCCCGAGAUGAAAAGGGAUUUACACCGAUGCAUAUAGCUGUCGAUACUAAAAAUGCCGGUUUUGUGAACUUCUUAAUCACCCAUAAUGCAAACGUAAAUGCCCAGACUAAUUUAAAUAAAUUAACACCAUUCAAUGAAAUUAAAAUCAAUCAAAGAGAAAAAUCAGGGUACACACCUUUGCAUUAUGCUGUUCGUGGUACUGUAAAAGCAAUCAAAGCAUUGCUUUCUAAGAAACACAUUUUAGUAAAUGCUAAGUCAGACUUUGGUCUGACUCCUUUUCACUUGGCUGUUAUGAAAGGUGAUCGAGAAAUAUGUGAUGCUUUACUAAGCAGUGGUAAAGUAGAAGUCAAUGCUGGAAAUAAAAAUAACAUGACGCCACUUCAUUUUGCAGCCAUGGCGGGAAAUGUAGACAUGAUUCAGUACCUUCUCUCAGGAAAAAAGGAAGUUGAAGAUGUAAAUAUUAAUGCUGUAACAUCUGACAAUAAUUGGACACCGCUUGAGAUGGCUAUUUAUUUUGAGAAAACAGAUGCCGCUCUUGAAUUACUUAAGAACCCCAAAGUUGAUACCAGUAUAAAUUCCAAAGAAUAUAUCACACCAUUGCAUCUUUCAGUUGCCACUGGACAAGCACCCAUUUUUGAUGAAUUAUUAAAAAAAGAAUCGAGGAGAAAACGAAGCAUGGAGCCUGAAAUCGAAGCAAAAACAAAAGAGGGUUACACUGCCCCCUUCAUCUGGCUGCCUUACGAGAUGAUACAAGUUAUUCUAAGGAAUUGCUUAGUAAAGGAGCAAAUAAAAAUGCAACAUCCAAUGAUGCUUCCACUCCUUUGCACUUAG